GGAUUCAGCUCUCCCUGGGGCCGCGUUUUCCUUCCUCUCAACCAUUACCCUGACCAUAUAAGGAGAGACAGCUGUUGGAGGCGUACCCGGGAUCUAAAGAUAGAGUCCCUUGUCUGAGACUCCACACUCCACGGGGCAGCUGGAGUCGCUAUGGCACGGCAGCAUGCCAAGACCUUGUGGUACGACAGGCCCAAGUAUGUGUUCAUGGAGUUUUGUGUUGAGGACAGCACUGAUGUCCACGUGCUCCUGGAGGACCACCGCAUUGUGUUCAGCUGCAAGAAUGGUGAUGGAGUGGAGUUGUACAAUGAGAUUGAGUUUUAUGCUAAGGUGAACUCCAAGGACUCUCAGGAUAAGCGCUCUGGCCGCUCUAUCACUUGCUUUGUGAGGAAAUGGAAGGAGAAGGUAGCCUGGCCCCGGCUCACCAAGGAAGAUAUCAAGCCAGUGUGGCUGUCUGUGGACUAUGAUAACUGGAGAGACUGGGAAGGGGAUGAAGAGGUGGAGCUGGCUCAGGUGGAACAUUAUGCAGAGCUUUUGCAGAAGGUCAGUACCAAGAGACCUCCCCCUGUCAUGGAUGACCUAGAUGAUGAUUCUGACAGUGGAGAUGCAACAAGUAAUUAACUUCUGUGCCAACAGACCUGGGGAUGUGGUGGCUACCUUCCCUUACUCUGAAAAGCUAGGGCCUGUACUUUAAUCAGCUUUCUUGUGUACUUUGUGCCUCAGAGAUCUCUGAACUUUGGUAGGAUCUCUUCAUUGAGGGUCCCUUGCAUGCUUUGUCUUCCUGCUAGGCACUUGAGUUUGGUGUUACGUCAGAUGGUGCAUGAGAGAAGAGUAGCUUCCUGUUUAUUGAUUUAGAAUUUCUGUGUUUGUGCUGCUUAUUUAAAUGUGUAUACAUGUGGCAGAGCAAAAGAAAUACAGAUGAUAAUAAAUUUCUAGAGAUUGU